AACUUUGAUUUCCAUUCAGCGGCCGAGUUCCUCCCUGGAUCGGAGCGCCGAUCGGCAUGCCAUCUCCGGCGAUGCCCACCCCCUUCCGAGCCAGGGGCCUGCCUCCCGGACACCGGCGCCGGGGCUCCUGCAGCCCCCUGAGCCAGCUCCUGCCCGGCCGCCUACCGCGGCCCGCCGCCAAGGGGCUGUAUUACCGGAGGGCUCGCAGGGUGGGCGCCCUGGACGCGUCCCCCGCCGCCGACCUGAAGAAGGAGAUCCUGGUCAACGUCGGGGGCAGGCGGUACGUGCUCCCCUGGAGCACCCUGGACGAGUUCCCGCUGAGCCGCCUGAGCAGGCUCCGGCUGUGCCGCAGCUACGAGGAGAUCGCGCAGCUCUGCGACGACUACGACGAGGACAACCAGGAGUUCUUCUUCGACCGCAGCCCCAGCGCCUUCGGCAUGAUCGUGAGCUGCCUGGCGGCCGGCAGGCUGGCGCUGCUGCGGGAGACGUGCGUGCUGUCCUUCCGGGAGGAGCUGGCCUACUGGGGCAUCGAGGAGGCGCGCCUGGAGAAGUGCUGCCUGCGCGAGCUGCUGCGCAGGCUGGAGGAGCUGGCCGAGCUAGGGCAGCAGGAGACGCUGCACCUGCGGCAGGAGGCGCGGCGCCCCGCGGGGGACCCCUCGCGCUGGGGGGUCUUCAUGCACUGGCUGCGCGAGACGGUGGAAAACCCGCGCUCGGGGCUCCCGGGCAAGGUCUUCGCUUGUCUGUCCAUCCUCUUCGUGGCCACCACCGCGGUCAGCCUGUGCGUCAGCACCAUGCCCGAGCUGAGAGCGGAGGAGGACAAGGGUGAGUGCUCGAAGAAGUGCUACUACAUUUUCAUCGUGGAGACGGUCUGCGUGGCCUGGUUCUCCCUGGAGUUCUGUCUGCGCUUCGUGCAGGCCCGGGACAAGUGCCAGUUCUUCCAGGGGCCCCUGAACAUCAUCGACAUCCUGGCCAUCUCCCCGUACUACGUGUCGCUGGCCGUGUCCGGAGAGCCCCGGGAGGACGGCGAGCGGCCCGGCGGGGGCUCGUACCUGGAGAAGGUGGGGCUGGCGCUCCGCGUGCUACGGGCCCUGCGCAUCCUCUACGUCAUGCGGCUGGCCCGCCACUCGCUGGGGCUGCAGACGCUGGGCCUCACCGUGCGCCGCUGCACGCGCGAGUUCGGCCUCCUUCUCCUCUUCCUCUGCGUGGCCGUGACCCUCUUCUCCCCGCUGGUCUACGUGGCGGAGAACGAGUCCGGCCGGGUCCUGGAGUUCACCAGCAUCCCGGCCUCCUACUGGUGGGCCGUCAUCUCCAUGACGACGGUGGGCUACGGGGACAUGGUCCCGCGCAGCGUGCCGGGCCAGAUGGUGGCCCUCAGCAGCAUCCUGAGUGGGAUCCUCAUCAUGGCCUUCCCGGCCACAUCCAUCUUCCACACCUUCUCGCACUCCUACCUGGAGCUCAAGAAGGAGCAGGAGCGGCUCUGCGCGCGCCUCCGCCACCUGCAAACGGCCGCCUCCGCCAGCGAACACGAGCUUCUGAGUGACAUGGACGACCCGACCCCCGAGGGACCCGCCUUGCCUGCCAAAUACGUUUAA